AUGGCAUCGAUCAACAAGACGGAGUUCAAGGUUCUUGAGCUGAACGGCAAGAACUAUCAAACCUGGGCCCUCGACUAUGAGUUCCAUCUGCAGGCGAUGCAGCUGACUCCCAUGAUCGCCAGGCCUGCAGCCGUCAUCACUGAACUCGAGAUGAUUGAGAAAACUCUCAAGACUUUCCACACCACCAACAUGGCUCAGAAUGGACUCUUGAUGAAGAACUUCCACAUGUGCCCUGAUGGGACACAGGCACAUCCUGAAGCACAUGCCAGUUUCCGUAAUAACAACGGUAAAGGUUCUUUCAGAAACAACGGCCAAAAGUUUCAUGGUCAACAUGGGCAAAAAGGGGGAAAGUUUAAGAACAGAGGCCAGAAGUCCAAUGGCAAUGGCAAAGGCCAGAAGUUCAGUGGCAAUGGCAAAGGCAAGUCCCUGAAGGGCUCAAAGGACGAGGCAAGUGGAGGGAAACACUCAAAUGAGGGUUGUUUCCGCUGUGGAUCCCACCAGCAUUGGUCCCGUACUUGCACUAUCGACCCACACUUGAUUGAGCUAUAUCAAGAGUGGAAGAAGCGCCAAAACCCAAAAGUACACUUCGUCCAGGCAUCUGUCGAUGCCAUGACUGGACUAGACCUCCCGUAG